GUUGGGUUUUUUUUUUUUUUGUGUGUGUGUGUGUGUGUGUGUUUUUGGGGUUAUCAUUUCAUAAUCAUUUUCAUUUCACCUGCGGACCCUCAAGGGAGUGAAGACUUGGAAGAUCACAAGAACAACGGCGAUUAGCAGAGGAUUUUAUUUCUCUCACUUAUUUUAAGUUUAUCGUCCGUGGACACAGCAUGAUGGAUGACUUGGCAGAAUUUGAGCGUGCCUUCAUGCAGAUGGAUUGGGCCGACGUGCUUGACACGCUCCAGGUCCUGGUGGGUGACUUUUCAGGGAGCGCACCCCACCCUCCUCCUGUGGUCCCUUCCCGGCCACAGUUGGACACCUACAGCCGGGCACAUCCCCACGACCAGGCAGAUAUGGAGUGGGAUGACGUGAAUAACACUGUCAAGGCGCCGGGGGAUGAACUUUUCGAAUUCCCACCCAACCCUCCAUCUCCAUUACCUGCGGUCCCUACUCAGCCAGAGUUGGACUCUUAUGGGCAGACAGAUCCUUGUGAUCAGGCAGGUCUGUACGGCCAAGCAGACCCUUACAGCCAGGAAGGACCUUACAGCCAAAUAGAACCUUACUGCCAGGCAGGUCCCAACAGCCAAGCAGAACUCUAUGGCCAAGCAGGACCUUACAGCGAGGCAGAACUUUAUGCCCAAGCAGGACCUUACUGCCAGGCAGGUCCCAACAGCCAAGCAGAACUUUAUGGCCAAGCAGAACCUUACAGCCAAGGACAGUGUUACGCCAUGCCUCGCAAGGGUCUCCCUCAGGGCUUUGUGCAGGGCCUGGCUCCCCUUGAAUUAGUAAACGGGAAGGUGGUGUACGUACUGCCACUGGAUAAGCUACAUCUUCCGGCUGCUCCUCUAACGAACUACCCCAAUUCACAAAAUUGGAAGCGCAAGAGCCCCGAGGAUCAGCCCUACAUUAAAAAGCCACCCAAUGCCUUUAUGCUCUUCCGCAAGGAGCAGAGGCCAAACGUGGUGGCAGAGCUGAAGACAGCCGACAGCGCGCCUGUUAAUACUCUCCUUGGAAAGAGGUGGAAGUCACUUUCACAAGAGGAACAGGCAAAGUACUAUGAGGAGGCCGAGAGAGAGAAGCUCCUCCACAGCAAGCACUUCCCCGGGUGGUCGUCCAGGGACAAUUAUGGCAAAAAGAGGACACGGAUCAGGAGGAAGUCAUAGCACAGCACUGCAGCGUCUGCUGCCUCCCCUCAUUCCUCGGCCUCCCUGACCCUCCCUACCCCUUCCCGCCGGGCCUCCCCUUCCUCCCCUCCUUGCACAUCAUCCCUGGACCCUCCCUUCCCCCUAGGCCUGCCCACCAGCACCUCAUUGAUUCAUUUUGAAAUAAAUCUCUUGUUAUUGUA